UGAAGGUUGCUCCAAGUGGAGGGUGGCUCAGGCUGCGCUGUGAGACACCACGAGGCCGGCGCGAGUUUUUAACACGUUGUCUCAUUGCGUGCUAACACCCACCGCAGCCCACGGUGCGUUGCGUGCCAGCAAUCGCCCGUCGCUGGCAAGUUGCUGCAGAGCACGAUGAGAGCGCGAUAUGCGGCGAGCGCUGUUGCGGCGCUAGUCAGCCUAGCAAGCGCCUCCCAGCCGCCCGGCGGCGGUUGGGGCUACAACAACUACCCGCCGCCCCAACAAGAGCAGCCGCCGCAGCAAUGGGGCGGCUACCAGCAGUACGGCGAACAACCGCAGUACGGCUCCGAGGCGGUGGAGCCCGCCACCGCUGACGACGACGCCGACGCCGACGCCGAGGCGGUCGAGGCCGACGUCGUUGCGGAGCCGGCCAACGAGACUGCUGUCGAGGCCGCCGACGCGGACGACGAGGCGCCGAGCACCGAGCCGGAAGUCGAGGUCGCCGAGUACGCGUACGACGACGGCCGCGGCACGUCGGCGUACUACGGCGAGGUGCGGGCCGAGUACCAGGCGCCCUCUCCUUCGGAGCCCGAGAGCGAGCCCGAGGCGCCUACAGGUGGCGAGGCUGUGCCUCCGGCCGGCGAAAGUUCUGGCGAGGCGCCGCCGCCGCCUCCACCACAAUGGGGCGCCCCGCCACCGCCCGGUCCGCCCGGCUUUGGUGCGCCGCCGCCGGGCGGACCGCCUCCGGGCUUUGGGGCGCCGCCGGGCGCCCCGCCGCCGCCACCGCCGCCUGCGUGGGGCGAGCACGGUGGCGCGCCGCCGCCGGGUUCGAGUGGACCCCCUCCGGGCCCUCCUGGCGGCGCGCCGCCACCGUGGGGCGCACCUCCGGGCGCGCCGCCGCCUCAGCAGCCGCCGUGGGGCGCGCCUCCGCAAGAGCAACCGCCGUGGGGCGCGGCCCCGGGCCCGGCCUCCUCAGACCUGCCGCCGUGGGCGAGCGGCGCGCCGCAGCAGGAGCAGCCGCGCGGGCCCGGCCUGAUGGGUCGUAUCUUUCGGGGGAACCGAAACAACCAGAACCAGAACCAGGGCUUCGGCCAGGACCCCUACGGCGCGCCGCCGGGCGCGGCCGCGCCGCCGUGGGGCGCGCCGCCUGGUCAAGGACCGCCGGGCGCGCCUCCGGGACGACAAGGACCGCCCGGUGGGCCGCCUGGCGCGCCGCCGGGCCGACCGGGAGAGAUCGUGCCCUGGGGCCAAGGGCAGGGUGGACCGCCGCGGGGUCCUCAGGGAGGCAACGACGUGUCGGGCAUCUACUACCAGCAGCAGAUGCUCGUGACGCGGCGCGGGAACGGCGGCGGUGGCCUCGGCGCGACGGUCGCGUCGGCGGGCAUAGGCGCCGCCACUGGUGUGGGAGGUCUGCUCUCCAAAGUGAAGGGCGCGAUGGCAAGGCCGCAACAGGCCGAGGCGUGGCCGGGCCAGCAGAGCGGCUACCCGCCGCAGCAGGGCGGUUAUCCUGGCGCGCCUGGUGGUGGUCCUCCGGGCUUUGGCGCGCCGCCGCCUCCGGGCGGCCCUCCUCCUCCGGGCUUCGGUGGGGCGCCUCCGCCGCCGCCAGGCGGUCCUGGCGGUCCUCCGCCUGGAUUUGGGGCGCCUCCGCCGCCGGGCGGGCCGCCGCCAGGUUUUGGCCCGCCUCCUGGCCGCGGCGGGCCGCCGCCACCGCCUGGUCCGCCCGGGCGCGGGCCGCCGCCGCCGCCACAGGGUGGCCCGCCGCCACCGGGUGGACCGCCGCCGGGCUAUCCGCCGCAGGGCUACGGCCGCUAGGUGCCCGUCUAAGUAUCGACUACAAGACGCUAAAUUACGCCCGGCUCCUAACUAGAACAGGCCCGACCACAA